UAAUGACAAAGACUCUAAGCACCCUCGUACCCUGAUCUGUAUCCGUUGUCAGAAACUGCCGCGAAUCUCCGGUGGCGCGCAAUUCGGUCGUCCUAAGCCGAUGGCAAACGUCAACGACGCCUUGAUGCGGCGUGGGAAGCUCGGAGGCAAUGCGUCUGCGGCUAAACGUAAGCGCAGCAGCAAAGUUUCCAGUGAGAGCCAUGACGCUGUAAAGAAGUCGAGGAGCUCCGUUAUGUCAUCAUGGCUCUCUCCUGCAGCUCAACGCAAAGCCACCAGGUCCACCAUCACGCCAGAGCCAAAAGCUGCAACUUGUUCAAGGGAAUUGCUGUCUCCAAGCGCAGUAUGUCCUUCGACGCAAUCGUACAUUGACGUAGGCCAACGCAGCUUCGGCAAACACGUCACUUGUGCUGCGUGUGGACUGCUGUACACUGCUGGAGAAGAGGAAGACGAGAGGGAGCAUCUGAAAUUCUGUAAACGGAUGAAGCGUGGCAUCACCUUCUCCAAGUGGAAAAGGGAGCGAGUGCUGAAAACGUUUCCGGACACCAGUGCGCGGAUCCUGGAAAUCCGAAGAGACGACCCGAGUGCCCAUGUGAAGAAACUGCUGGAGAUUAAGAAAGUGCUUGAUGACGCAUUGGGGUUUGUCGAAGCGGAGGUAUUUCUACAGCGCAGCAACUUUGUAUACAUUCAGGACCAUCAAGUCGUUGGAUGUGUCAAUACGGAACGCAUCACGAAAGCCUUUACUUUGGAUAAAACCACCUCAAACUUGGUUGUGUCAGAUGAAGAGACCUCCGUGUCUGCGGAUGGUGCGGUGACUGCAUCUACUGAUUCAAAACCUGCGGUUAUUGGUAUCUGUCAGCUAUGGGUUCACCCUUCAUUCCGCAGGAAAAGCAUUGCGACCCGCAUGGUGGACGUUGUGCGCGAAAAAUCAAUUUAUGGCAUGCAUGUGACCAAGAACCUCGUUGCCUUCGCACAGCCGACACGAAAUGGGCUGCGAUUUGCGCAAAAAUAUAUGGAACCGGCCGAAGUGCUUAUUUAUUGAGAAGAAAGGUGAUUCGAGGAGCUCAUCGAUAUAAACUACCUGGUAUAACAUGACACUGUUUGGGAAAUUCAGCAUGUUGCUGUACAAGUAUGCUAUAGACACCAAAGCCACGGCUCUUUCUGCUUUCUUAUCUUUGGUUAUGAGAAUAAUUGUCGAGGCG